CCAAAAUUACUUCAAACGGAUCAGGGCACCGAAUUUAAAAAUAAAGUGUUUAUAAAAUUUUUAAAAAGAAAUCAAGUUAAACUUUUCAAUACAUUCAAUACUACUAAAGCAUCCGUGGUGGAAAGGUUUAAUCGCACUUUGAAAACAAAAAUGUGGAAAUACUUUACGACUCGAAAUACGUAUAAAUAUGUAGAUGUCUUGGACAAAUUAAUAGAAAGUUAUAAUGCUACUUUUCAUUCAAGUAUAAAGCGAGCUCCCAUAGAAGUCAAUUCAGAAAAUGAGAGUGAUGUAUGGUUUACCUUGUAUGAAGAUCAUCCUUCUAACGUUUCUAAAUGUAUAUUCGCUGUAGGAGAUGUGGUACGUGUUUCCAAACUAAAGCUUACUUUCGAAAAAGGCUAUGAAACCAAUUGGACGGAAGAACUAUUUGUGGUGACAGAGUGUGUUAAAAGACAUCCAGCCGUGUAUAGAAUUAAAGAUUUACUUGGAGACUCAGUAAAAGGAACGUUUUAUGCACAAGAGUUGCAGAAAGUGAGACUGAAAGAGGAAUAUCGCAUUGAAAAAAUUUUAAAGAAACGUAUGCGUAAGAAACAGACAGAAUACUUUGUAAAAUAUCGCGGUUAUCCCGACAAAUUCAAUCAAUGGAUUCCAGCUUCUAAUUUACUCUCGAUAUAAAGUGUGAGAAAAUAUUGUAUCCGAAUCAUUUGUGAAAAUGAGUUUCUACGUAACACUUCCGAGCGAUAGCUCUAUGAAUUAUUUCCCCGAAAAUAAAAUUUCACAUUUUAUAACACGUUUACCUGUUCCCAUUGAAUUAAAAGGUAUGUGGGAAGUUGGUUUGGUUGAAUUGCUAUAUCCGCACACAUGGCACAAUGUGAAUGCAGACAAUAACUUAAUUGGAUUUGUUUUAGAGAAAGAUGGUGAAAUGUUAGGUCGUAGAUUACCUCCAGGAUGUUAUGAAACAGUACCUGAUAUUUUAAAAGCUAUUUAUAUUAAAGAACAUCAAAACAAAAUAAUUUUUAAUUAUAACCCAGUAACAAAACGAGUGAAAAUCAAAGUGAAAAAUAACGCUAAAGUGAUUUUACAUGAUGGGUUAGCACAAAUGUUAGGUUUUGAACCUAUGGAAAUUACAUCUACAGAUGAUAGUUCCGAAACUGUUGUAGAAAGUCCUUUUGCAGCCGACCCCUGUGCACAUUAUCGUGUAUUAAUGAUAUAUACGGAUAUUGUAGAACCUCAAAUCGUAGGAGAUGUUUUAGCUCCUCUUCUUCGAAUUGUAAGAGUAACUGGUAGCGAUGGAGAAGUGGUGAGUGCACUAUUUGAUAGACCUCAUUAUUUACCUGUGAAUCGGAAAAUGAUAGACACUUUGGAAAUCGAUAUAAGAACGCAUAUGGGAGCAUUUACGCCAUUUGAACGAGGAAGGUCAUACGUGAAACUUCAUUGUUAAAUGAUGUAUCACAAGGACAAGAUGUAAAAGAGGCUGCUAAGCGUCGACUGAAAGAAGCCGGAAAUAUAUUAACGGAUAAAGCUGCUACUAAAGUGAAGAACAUGAUUGGUUCUGGACGAGUCAAUAAAAAGCAGAAACGUAGGAAAAAGCGUACCAUUUCUCACCGAUCAAAGAAGGUGAAAGCACAGGAUAUUUUCUCUUAAAAAAAAAGUAUGACUUC